UUUUUAAUCUAUUGACGCCAUACCAAGUGAACACAGAUAUUCAGGUCACUGGCAAUAUGAUGCAGACGUUACAUGAAACAUGAUGGUGACCUUAAACAGCCUUAAAAUAACCUUUAACUUUGUCAUACAACACUUCGAUCAGAUAAACAAGUUGGUAAACAGCCAAACAGUGAGUUUAAGAAACAACGAGCCCCCAACAACGAGGAGCUUCUGUGAGCUUCUUAACGAAGGGUAGAGAACAGAUGUCUGCUCAAGUCAGACUGAGGCUGCUGCCGAGUGCCAGGUGUUUGUUCGAUGAGCCCAUUCAGGUGAAAGUUGCGGGGCUUAGGUCGAAGCAGGUGGUCACCAUGAGAGCCAGAUCCACCGACGACAAAGGAGUGGUGUUCAGCUCCAUUGCCACCUACAGGGCUGAUGGCAACGGGGAGAUCAACCUGGAGAGAGACCCUUCACUUAGUGGAAGCUUUGUUGGGGUUGAGCCCAUGGGUCUGCUGUGGUCGAUGACAGCAGACACCUUGCACAAAAGGUUUCAGAAGACAAAUACACUAAAUCCCCACGUGGUGAAGUUCUCUGUGCAUGAAGAAGAGGGUGAGAUGCUUGCAGAGGUGACUAAUAAGAGGUUUCUGAUCAAAGAAGGGAUCAGCCGUGCUCCUGUCAAAGAAGGGAAUCUUCGUGGAGUCCUAUUUACUCCCCCAGGAGAAGGACCGUUCCCUGCCGUGUUGGAUUUAUACACAUUUGGUGGUGGUCUUUCUGAGAAAAGGGCCUCCUUGUUAGCCAGCAGAGGGUUUCUGGUUCUGACUGUGUCUCUGUAUGGCCAUGAUGACCAACCAAAAAACACCAAGGAAAUCCACCUGGAUUAUUUUGAAGAAGCAAUCAACUUUUUAAGAAAACAAGAAAAGGUGGGCAGUAAAGGUGUUGGCAUAAUAUCUCUUUCAAAAAGUGGAGAUCUUGCUCUGUCAGCAGCCUCUUUCCUGCCAAACGUUGAGGCUGUUGUAUGGAUCAAUGGCUGCUCUGCUAAUGCAAUUUUACCCCUCUACUAUAAGAAGAAACUAAUUUUUCCUGCAUUAAUGUUUGAUCCAAAGAAAUGGAUUCCUACUGAGUCAGGGGCCAUCAAAUUCAAAUAUGCCAUGCACAAUCCUCUAGAGGAAGAGAACAAAGCCACCCUGGUCCCCAUUGAACGAGCCAAGGGCCGCUUCCUCUUUGUGGCCUCAGAGGAUGACCUCAACUGGGACAGCAAGGCCUACAUGGACGAGAUGGUGGAGAGACUGAAGCAUCAUGGGAAGGACAACUUUGAGACACUGAGUUACCCAGGAGCAGGACACUAUUUAGAGCCGCCUUAUGGACCAUACUGCCCCUCCAGCUUCCAUGGAGUUGCAGGCAAGCCAGUCUUGUGGGGCGGUGAGCCCACUACCCAUGCAGCAGCCGAGGUCCACCUGUGGAAGAAGAUCCAGGAGUUCUUCAGAACUCACUUAUAAUGUUUUUAUGAUUUGAACAAUAACGUUCAAACAACCAGAUCACAACGUACUGUAUGCCUUAUAAAACUCUUGUGGGUUUUCCCAGAGUGCAAUAGUUUAAAGCAAGACAUUCACAGUGAGCCAGCAAUAAGGUUAUAGAUAUUGAAUUCACAAUCAUUCCAAUAUCAUAUGAAUGUAAUUAUUAGACUUGAAUCCAGCUUCUGCUAUUUGUAGUAAUUUACCUGUAUAAAAAAAGCUGAGUGAAACUAAGAAAUAGUUUGUUUCAUUGAAUUGACUGAUAUUUGUUUUAACUUUCUAGAAAUAAAAACAAUAAAAUUUUGUGUUUCCUACUAAUGUUUUAGUAUGUAUGCAUACAUACAUGCAUUGCAAGUAGGAGUAUAGAGAUGAAUCAGUGACUUUAAUACAAAUAGAACAAGUAUUUGGUCUUGCUGCAGUGGUACUGUUGUAGCACAAUCAGCUGAAAAACUAAAUGCAUGAUAUGCAGUUAAAUUUUGCAACUGGUGUGCAUGUGAAUGUUUUAAUGUUCUGAAAUAAAAUGAAUUUGUUGACUGAU